CACCACAUUCCCCAAUUAUAUACCCUCGCAAGACCCACCGAAACAAGUAUCAUAUACCUUCACAAGAUUUUAGGCGCUUUACCACUGAAGAAAGGAGUAGCAGUUUGUCAGAAUUCGAUAAUGGCAGCGGUGGCCGGAGUUAGUAUCACAACCCCAAAAGUCUUCGCCAAGCUAUCAGAUUCCUCAAAACCUCAUGCAGUCAAGUUUUCGUUGCUCAACAGCCCAUGGAAGAGGUGCACCACCCAAUUUAGCCACGGCCGGAUGUACGUCCGCCCAGUGGCAGCUGCGCCUGAUCAGAUCUCGGAUAAGGUGGAGCAGAGCAUCAAGAAUGCACAGGAAGCCUGCUCCGACGACCCCGUCAGCGGCGAGUGCGCGGCGGCGUGGGAUGAGGUGGAGGAGCUGAGCGCGGCGGCCAGCCAUGCGAGGGACAAGCAGAAGGAGUCGGAUCCAUUGGAGAAUUUCUGCAAGGACAACCCGGAGACCGAUGAGUGCCGCACUUAUGAUAAUUGAUUAUUGCUAUAGUCUGUUAUUGUGGUUAUGGGUUUGGGUAUAAACCUGUUGUCUGGGACUCUGAUCUUGAAGGUAUUAGUGACAGCACUUUGGAUCCGUUUGGGAUGAUUAAUUAAAGCAUAUACAAUACUCUGUAAGUGCUAUUGGUGAUUAAUCUGUUUGAUGAUUUAUACUACAAAUUACAUGAAAUAUUCCAAAUUUAGAUUUA